CUCACUGCCCUCGUCCUCGGUAAUUCAAUAAUAGCAAUUUAUUUACUUUGUUAAUGGGUUUAGUACAUUUACUUAGAAUACAAUUACGUGAUCACCGGUUCCAAACCUGACCUUUUAUCAAGCGCGAUAAUUGCGCUAUUUAUUCCAUUUCCAGUCCUACAGAGCUAUCCGAAGCACGUUACCAAAAUGAAGUUAACCUUAGCCGUUUUGUGCGUUUUCAUUGCGUCAUCCAGCAAGGUAAUCGCCAGAUCCGUUCCAAAAACGUACUUGGAACCACUGGACUUGCAUUGCCUCCCAAAAAUCGACAAAAGCGGUUUGGAUUACAACGAAAAAGGGUACAUAGCCGAGGGUAACGAUGACGUGAACGAGAUGGUGCGCUGCAGCUGGUCGAAAAUUGGCCUGCUCCGUGAAAAUGGCGAAAUUGAUCUUUACAAAUUGCAAAGGACCUUGGAAAAUCAUUUAGUUGACAUGUAUGAUAAUUACGUUCGUACUUAUUUGGCAGCCAAAACGAUAAGCGACUGUGAAAAUGUAAAAGGAGACAGCGUAGGGGACACCUGUGUGAAAAUGUCCAAUUGUAUCCAUACAAGGGUUGAAGUAAAUGCUCAAAGACUGAAGGAAGAAAAAGAAGAUUGAGACCUGUGAUUUGUGAUUUUGCAUUUUUAAUAAACGCUACCAUUUUUUUAA